AUCUCCCAAACGGUUCCGCGUAGCUACUUUAGCUAAUAUCAGCAUUAUUCACGUAAAAAAUGACGUCAAGUAGGUUGACACAGCACUUCCUACGCAACCCUAUUAUCAGUUCAUAAAGGAUUAGGUUCGGCACAAGUUGGCCCCUCUGAGAAAAAAGUUAGUUACGAACAUGUAUAACACAAAAACUAAACGGAUCAAGCUAGGUAAACAUACUCAUACGAUUAAAAUUUUCAUAUCUACCAUGUUUCGCAGUUACGCUUUCACACAAAACUUAUCUCAUGUGGAUGUAUGGCCCUCCCCCUUCCAGAGAGAAAAGAUUUCCAGUCGAGCAGCGGAUGCCGACUGCUACACACGUGUAGUGCCAGUGGUGUAGGAGUACAAUUAGUAUAAAAUGGUGGUACAAGCAUGCUGGAAAAGUUAAGGCGGUGCAAAACAGAAAAAUAAGGCAUCUGUAGCGCCCUCUAAAUGUAAAAGCGAAACUAACAUCACAUUUUAAUUUUUUAUCAUGUUAGAAAGGUGUCAAGUAGCAAUUUGCAUCCUAAUGCAACAUUAUUUCAAAAAUUAUUCAGUAAAAAACAAUGAUCAUAAAUAUAAUACCUUAUGUAUGUAUAUCCAAAACGCACUGCGGAUCAAUGCUUAAUGAAUUUUUUGUCUUAACACACCUAAGGAAUCGGCUUGUGAUGUGUUGGACACAUAUGAAGAAACAGCCUGUAUAUUUUAGGUAAUUAACUCAUAGUAGAAACCUUGGCGUGGGCUUCAUGGCUUGUGUCUUCAAAAACUAUUCCUUAAUCGAUAGUUUUUGUAAGACAAAUAUAGUGUUAUGUGAAGUGCCGAAGAUAAGUUGCAUUAAAAACAGAUAAUAUUGCUGAAAAGAAAUGGUGACAUCCGGUAUGACAUUCGCCGUGCAUUAUGGAUGUACGACCGCCUCUUCGAGGUCACGCUACCACCAGGGGGACCUUAUCAACGAUUUCGGUGGCCUUCAUAUCGUUGACAGGCAAAACAGAGAUCAACCCGUCAUAUACGUGGCUGUGGCUACUUGGAUACCUAGCUGUAAUAUGUACCAGUUGCAGAACCAUAGCGAUGAUGAAGAUAUCGAUAAGACUGUCUUAAGGGGAACUAACAGAACAAAACAAAUAUUUGAGCCUGGGUGA